AUGGUUUCGCAAGACGUGGAGAAGGGGUCUCUCCACGACGACACGGGGGAAAGCCCUACGUCGACCGAGGCCGGAAACAAUGAUUAUCACGUCGACGAUGGCACCAAAUCGGAGCACCAGACAUUUGCACCCAUACGGACCACGCGGCCCGACACCACGGCCAAUGAAGGGGGCUUGUACAGGCCUCAGUCGGCGUCAUCAAGGUCUAUGACGCGCACGCGCUCCAACAACGGAUACGGCUGCGACGAUAACGACCUCGAGGGCGGCACGCCUCUGUCCAACGACCAAGGCGUCUCCGAUCCUUACGAGGUCAGGUUCGACAAGGGGAAUCUAGAUCCUGAUUGCCCGAGGAGCAUGCCCCGGGCGAAAAAGUGGCUGAUCGUAUUCAUAACCUCGUUAGGGAGCCUUUGCGUAACAUGCGCCAGUUCGGUGUACACAUCGACCUAUGCCCAAAUGAACGCCGAGUUUGGUUGCUCCAAGAUCAUAGCCACACUCGGCCUGUCUACCUUCGUCCUGGGCAUCGCAAUGGGCCCGGCAUGGUCGCCCCUGAGCGAGUUCUACGGCCGGCGGCCCAUAUACCUCGUCUCCUUUGCCCUCUUUGCCAUCUGGAUCAUUCCUUCGGCCGUGGCGCAAAACAUCGAGACCAUGAUCAUCGCCCGCUUCUUCCAGGGCCUGUCCGGAAGCGCCUUCCUCUCCGUCUCGGGCGGCACCGUGGGUGACUUGUUUGCCAGCGACGAGAUGUCGGUGCCCAUGGCGCUAUUCACCCUCGCUCCCUUUGUCGGCCCGAGUUUGGGACCGUUGAUCGGAGGCUUCAUCAACUUUCAUGUCUAUUGGAGGUGGACCCAUUGGGUUCUUCUCAUAUGGGCGGCUGCUCUCUUCAUCGCCCUCGCGGUUUUUGUGCCCGAGACGUUCCAUCCGGUCAUCCUGCGCAAGAAGGCCCAGAGACUUAGGAAGGAGACGGGCGAUGAGAGGUACAAAGCGCCCAUAGAACACGUGACCAAGUCCAUCGCGAGCACGGUUGGACAUUCUCUGCUGCGGCCGUUCCAGAUGCUCAUCUCGGAGCCCAUCUGCGUGGCCCUGGACGUCUACUCAGCCAUCCUUCUGGGCAUCCUGUACCUUUUCUUUGGUGCAUUCCCCCUGGUGUUUGGUGGCGUGCACGGCUUCAACCUGUGGCAGAUUGGCCCAACCUUCCUCGGUCUGCUCGUCGGCAUGUGUUUGGGUGUGUCGACAACCCCCUACUGGGAUCGAAUCCGCCAUCGUCUCAUCGCCAAGCUCGAGAAGGAGACGGGUAUCGAGGGCAUUAGUGAGCCCGAAUUUCAUCUACCUCAAGUCAUAGCUGGCGGUAUAAUAAUUCCCAUCGGGCUCUUUUGGUUUGCCUGGACGACUUAUUCCUCAAUACACUGGAUCGUCCCAAUCAUUGGUUCCGGUGUGUUUGGUGUAGGUAACAUGUUGGUGUUCAAGGGUAUAUUCACAUACCUGGUCGACGCAUACUCUACCUAUUCGGCCAGCGCCCUGGCCACAAACGUGUUUGUGCGAUGUGCUUUUGCCGAGAAAGCCUGUCGUACCUGGGACAACAUGGCGGACGAUCCUGAGCCCCACGAAGGUGAAGUCUCGGAUGGCAUGUCUGAGUACGACGAGCACGAUUCUCACCUCAAAGACGAAGACGACAAGAUGAUCGACCACAAGAUGUCCCCGGAUGCCAGCCAGGAGGGCGCCGCAGAGGUCAAGAAGAAGUACGACCCCAAAGACCCACAUCGGCCGAGGCGAAAGAAGGCCCGGAGAGCUUGUUACGCCUGUCAAAGGGCCCACCUUACAUGUGGCGACGAGCGCCCUUGUCAGAGAUGUAUAAAACGUGGUCUCGCUGAGGCUUGUCAAGAUGGUGUAAGAAAGAAGGCCAAGUAUCUUCACGAUGCACCUCCUGAAGCGCUUGGUCCUGUCCUUGGCCCAAACUUCAACAACAACAAUGCUCAGUCGCGGACUCACCCUCAUAGGCAAUCUGCCAGCGUGGCCUCUGAAGCAUCGUCGUCAAAUGUUAGAUCGACCUACUUCUCUCAACCGAGUGCCUCUUCAACUUAUGGGGUCUUUUCCCCAACAAGCCAGGUCACAACUCUUCCUGAGAGCAUAUCUUAUGCAGCUCAGCAGUCUCCCGUAUCUCCCACAUUUCAGAACCAUCCUAGCGCGCAAAUGGGGGGCUUGACAGUUCCACAAGUAUCUGGUGACAUAUCCAACUUCUCUUCUGCAUUCUUCGAUCCCAGUAACCCGGCAAUCUUCAAUUUCAAUCUAGAGGGCCUGAACUUUGGAAGCCAGUAUGGUGCCAUGGAAUUUAGUAUGCUAGGUCACAUGUCUUCUGGUGCUGCGGAAACGCCGCCCAGGGACCCUUCGAUCUCGGCACCCGGUGGUGGGGAUAUGACGUUUGGCCCCGGCAUGUUCAACAACGGCGUCGGCUAUGACAAGCUGUACGAAGGAAACAACGGUUUAGGUGGCCUCCUCGGGUUGGAUCAGUCAAACGGUCCCUAUACUCAAGGCAACCUGAGCCACGGGCUGCCGCAUGCCUACGCCAUUGCUGCUGGUCCCAGCAGCCUUCAGAGCCCAAGCACUGAAAACAACAGCCCGCAGCCGGCAGUCAACUUGGAUGGCUCUCCGACACCUGUUAACUACACAGGCUCCGGGAGCAGCUCGACCACGCAAGUAAAUGCAUCUACGCCCGCGGCGCGCCCAAAGGCGAACCCAACGCCCGGUAUAACCGCGAGGCUGAACGCACAGGCCGCUCUUGGGAAGCGGCACCGGGACUCGUCCCAAAUCUAUGAGAACGUCAAAGAACCAUACAUGUACGUUCGAGGCUUCCACAGACUCAUUGCCUUGCUCCAACGGCGGCUGUCGGCGGGUAAAAUCUCUCGUGUGGCCAAGUCUCUGGCGAGCAUACGGCCGUCUUUCAUAGCUUGCACACGCACGCUGAGCAGGGCGGAUCUCAUAUUUAUGGAGAAGUCCUUUCAGCGCGCGCUGUUUGAGUAUGAAGACUUUUUGCACCAGUCGUCCUCCCCUGCGCUGAUUUGUCGGCGCACAGGUGAGGUGGUGGCUGUGAACAAGGAGUUUACUGCGUUAACUGGAUGGAGGAAGAACGUACUUCUUGGCAAAGAGCCCAAUCUAAACUUGAAUACAGGCACCAGUAUCGGGAGCACAUCGGAGCCAACAAGUGGGCCGGGGACUGGUCGCGGUGGUCUAUCGACGCCUCGCAUGCGGGCCGGGAACUCGUCUGCGGCGGCGUCAGCUACGAGGGCAGAUCAGCCAGCCACGACAGCGGACUCAUCGGUAAGAAUUCCGGAUUCUGGACCUGAGCCGCUUUUCAUCGCGGAAAUCAUGGACGACGACAGCGUCAUCCAGUUCUACGAGGAUUUUGCGCAGCUGGCCUUCGAGAACAGCCGUGGAAAAGUUACCCGCAAAGGACGAUUGCUCAAGUAUCGUUCACCGGCCGCUCUUGACGACCCUGGCGUGGGCGGCGCAGCGGCCAAGGCUGAGACAAGUCCACAAGCGUUGCCACGCAAGAGCAUACUGAGCAAUCGCGUGGCCCGCAUCGACGGUGAGCAUGGCAUAUCCAAAAUUGAGCGGGAUGGAAAGGUAGAGUGCUGCUACACGUGGCAUGUACGAAGGGAUACUUUUGAUAUCCCUAUGAUGAUUGUUAUGAAUUUCCUUCCCUGCUAUUAUCCAAAUCAAGAGCCGCAUCAGUUGGCGGUCUGA